CUACUCAGCUUCUUAUUCUUUUAACACAAGGACAAAAAACACCUAAGAGCAGUCAUGGUUGUCUGGACUGAAUCAGAGCUCAGCAUCAUCAACAGCAUCUUCUCCAGCCUGGACUAUGAGGACAUCGGCCCCAAGGCUCUGUGCAGGUGUCUGAUCGUCUACCCCUGGACUCAGAGGUAUUUCGGUGGCUUUGGUAACCUCUACAAUGCCGCCGCCAUCAAGAGCAACCCCAACAUCGCAGCUCACGGAAUCAAGAUACUCCACGGUCUGGACCGCGCUGUGAAGAACAUGGACAGCAUCAAGGAAACCUAUGCGGAGCUGAGCACCCUGCACUCUGAGAAGCUGCACGUCGACCCCGACAACUUUACGCUGCUGGGCAACUGUUUGACCAUCGAAAUCGCUGCCAAACUGGGAGACGGCUUCACUGCAGAGACCCAGGGCACCUUCCAGAAGUUCAUGGCUGUGGUGGUGAAUGCUCUGGGAAAACAGUACCACUAAACGUGCUGAAGCCUCCAACACCUGGAGAAGGUCCUCAACAUCUGACUCAGUGAUGUGUCAUGUAUCUUCUUCAGUGAGAAAUAAAAGGCAAUUCAACCAAUAA